AUGGAGACAGUCGAUCCAUCUAUUAACCUGGCUUCAGCCAUGCCCACCAGUACAGAAAGCAAUGAGAAAGCCUUGCCUUUAGAAAAAGCAGAGACAGUACCUGAGCAGCAAGAUCUCGAGCCCGAGCCCGAGCCCGACUUUAACCUAUGGCAGCAAGUCCCCGUUUUCAUCGCAAUGAGCUUGGGCAUCUUCAUCCAAGGACUCGACAGCACGAUCGUUGGAACUGCCACAGCAACGAUAAGCAACGAAUUCAACUCGAUUACUGACAUCGGCUGGUAUGGCUCGGCCUAUCUGCUAACAAGCUGCUCAACGCAAUUCAUGUUCGGCAAACUGUACACAAUGUUCCGUGUGAAAUGGCCCCUGGUCAUCUCGGUUGUGAUUCUCGAGCUCGGAUCCAUCGUCUCCGCUGCUGCGUCUAGUUCGGCUGCUUUCAUUGUUGGCCGUGCGGUUGCUGGCUGUGGCGCUUCCGGGGUACUCAACGGUGUCCUGAUUGCUGGCUCGACUACAUUGCCGUUGCGCUGGAGACCAAUCUUCAAUAGCUCUGUCGGCGGGAUGGAGUGUAUUGCCAUGGUUAUAGCCCCUGUGAUUGGCGGCGCUUUGACAACAGAUGUUACUUGGAGGUGGUGUUUUUGGCUGAAUGUCCCAGUCGGCGGGUUCACUCUAGCCAUACUAAUUUUCGUCUUCAAGCAGCCGCCGGAUCAAAAGGGUAAGGAUGAGUCGAUAAUGUCAAAACCCAAGAAGCUCAACAUCCCAAGCCUGCUCAUAUUUACCGGCAGCAUCGUCUGUCUGCUGCUUGCCCUCCAGUGGGGCGGCACAACGUACCCCUGGAACAGUGGAAAAGUGCUCGCACCUCUGAUUGUCGCAGGCGUUUCAUUUGCCGCGUUCCUGGCAUAUGAGAGCUUUCGCGAAGGCGAGCCUCUAAUUCCGCGCUCGUUACCAAUCUGGUUCCAAGCAAUCAAGGGCGCAACGGCUGUGCAAUCAGGAGAAAUGCUGCUCCCAUCAAUCAUUGGGCUCUCAGUGGUAGCCAUAAGCUCAGGCUUCGUCCUCUCUUUCAUCGGGUACUACACACCGCUGAUGUUACUGGGCUCCACCAUGAUGGCAAUAGGCUUCGGCUUCCUAACAACAUUCAAGCCCUCGACCACCCAUGUCGCCUGGAUCGGGUGGCAAGUGAUGAUGGGCAUGGGUACUGGAUUUGCAUUCCCGCAGCCAUGGUCAGCGAUCCAGACAGCGCUUCCAGAAAAAGAUGUGCCCCUCGGACUGGCGGGCGUAGGAUUUGGUAUCAGCUUUGCCGCGGCAGUGUCGAUCUCGAUAUGCCAGAACAUGUUCACGAACUUGCUACGCAGCGGCUUGCAGGUGGCUGCUCUUCCCGGUAUUAAUCCUGAGGAUGUGAUCCAAGAGGGCGUGACGGGAUUCUUGCAGCAUAUCGCUGUGAAAGAGAGGGAAUCGGUAUUGGAGAUAUAUAAUCACGCUGUGACAAGCUGCUUCUGGCUACCUCUCGCGGCUUGCUGCGUAGGGUUUGUUGCAGCAUUGGGGAUGAACUGGAAUUCGGUCAAGCAGAAGUAA